CAUCCAUGCCUCAGAGAGCCUGGAACCUCAUUUUCAGGCAUGUACGGGUGGCAGCAGCGUCUAAAAUACAAGAUGGCCAAUUACCGUUCUAAAAUGAGAAGGCGUGAAGUACCUUGUCCUGAACUUGAUAUCAACUCUUUGAAAAGAAAAUCACCUGGUGAAAAAAAUCCAGCAAAAAACUGCAAGAGACCGAAGAGAGCAGAGGUCAACUACCUUCCUCCGCACCCAAGUGGAGAAAGUACAGACAGUCUGGAGAUGGAGAGACAGGAGCUUCUUAAGGAGGUAAAGAAGACAAACAACGCUAAGGUGAUACGGGAAAAAAUGGCCAAAGCUUUCUCCUACCGAAGGCAUGAGGUUGUGGUUCAAAGUCCAACGGCGGGUGACUUCAAAGAGAGAUGGCCCGCUCUGUUCUGCGAAGCUGAGAUCAAGGAGGAAUUCCGAAGAAUAACAACAGUUUCUUUAGAGCAGAGCUUCAUGCACAAACUUGACCACUACACACCAAAACUGACAGACCUGAUGAAGGCCAAGGGAGGUGUCAUUGGGAAGAGGCUAAGGCCAUUCUUGGAUAAACUGAGUCAGAACCAAAGCAUUGACAUGAGACGUGAUGCUGUUAUCCGUGGCCUCAUAAUGUACCUUGGUGAGAAAGAGGAGGAACUUUUUGAAGAUUGCCUGGAGGACAGCCGCAGUGAUGCCGCUCAACACAUUGUCAAGGUCCUUGUCGUCCAUGGUACUGACCGAGAGGAGCCAGUAGAUGUUUCCAUUCUUCUGGAUGGAAAGGAGAUACUGUCAGGAUGCAGCAAUACUGCUAAGGCUUGCACAUUGCUCAUGGGAUUUAUUUAUGCCCUCAAUCUCGCCUACCCCCCUACUCUGCGCUAUACUUUUGAGGUGUUUCAAAAACUUUUCCUGGAACUGGACGGGAUGAAACUGUCACCAAAAGUACAUGCUUUAAAGUUGAAGCUGCUGUCUUAAAUGCUAUACGCAAGAUCUACUGCGCAGUCCUUGCUGCUGUCCCACUCAAACUCACUUAAUCUUGCAAAUGACUGGAACAAUAACUUGCACAGACACUGUCGGCUCCAUUGGACCUUCGACUCACACCCAGCAAGUUGUCUUUCAAUGGAUCUUUUACUGUUCAGCCACAUAGAUACGCAGAGGACAUUUUAACUCUCUAAAAGUCUGUUAUUUAAAGUUACAAAAUGUGGCCAGAACAUGUUGACUUCAAAAGUUGAAAAUGUAGUGUUAAAUACUUCAAUGCAAAACAAUCACAGAGGAAUAAUGAAUAAGAAUAUUAUGUGGGAAAGUAACUGUAAUCUCUGUCUAUAGAAACAAUAUUUUCCACUUGUCAAAAGUGGUAGUGUUAUGCCUCGGUAAUGAUGUUCUGCUUACACCCAUGUGGCACUUUAGCAGGUUGAUAUUGAGUUCAAUUUGACCUUCUGUAGCAAACUACUUGUUAGGAGUUUUCUUAGCAUGUCAAUGUUCUUUAUUCUUUGUAAAUUUAGGCAUCUGCUGUCAUUCAUGUUAAUGAGGCAAAGAAAAAGUUCAAAUUAUAUUUUUUGUCUUGUAAAGGUUAAUACCUUUAGAUGUUGAACAAACAUUUUUAUGGAUCUAGGUUUUGAGGAUUUGUUUGUUGUAUUUUCCUUGUUUCGAUGUUCUUUAGGGUUUAAUCGAACAUUAAUGUUUACAUGCAAGUGUUAAAAAUGUUGGUGGUCAUUUCCACUUUUUUGACAGGUUAAAGCCUUAUGAUAAUUUGAUGCACAAGGUAUCAAAAAACAUUUUGAGUUGCCAGUGGUGCACAUUUUUUCCAGUCGAACAAGAUGACCACUCUGUGGAGGUAUACAUUUGUUUUUUUAUCGAUGCCUAUUGUCAGCAUUUACAGAUGCUGAGAUUUCAUUCCAAUGUUGUCAUGUUAAACUGUUCCUUUUGCAAGUGAAUGGAGGGCUUAUUCUACAUUGCCAUUGUUCCAAAGUAAUGUGUUUACCCAAGGCACCUUUAAGGAAUUGUUUCCUGGCAAAUGUUUAAAAAUAAAUUAUUGAAUUAUA